AUGAAAUGCAAACAAGUCUCAAAUGAGUUUCGGGUACUCAUUAGAACCAUCGCAACAGCUUUAGAUGUUCUUCCGAUUGGUUUAAUCGAUUUACCAAAUGAAGUCAAAGAGAUUGUUGUUUUAGUUGCUAAACAAGUCGAGAAAGCGAAAUCCGAGGUGGAGCUAACUGAUGAAAGAACUGCAGUUUUGGUUACUUCCAUAUCGAAUCAAUUCGAGAACCGGGUUGCUCCCAAUCCGACUGAUUUAAAGAGAGUUUUAGAUUACUUAAACAUUCGAAGUUGGAAUCAAUGUAAUAAGGAGAUUAAGUUUUUAGAAGAAGAGAUUAGUACUGCAAGAGCUCGGGGAGAAAACAGAGAGGUUGAUUUCUUAAGAAAUCUGAUCGCCUUCGUUAUUUAUUCUCGCGUUGUGGUUUUCGAUUUCAUAGACGAACACCGAAGUAGUUCUAACAAUUUAUCUAUAUUUGAUAAUGGAAGCAACCCCGGAUCGACGAUUAGUUGUUUGGAUUCAGAAGAUUUUCUAUGCCCAAAUUCUCUGGAGAUUAUGUCAGACCCAGUAAUAAUCUCAACUGGUCAUACAUUCGAUCGAGUUUCAAUUCAAAAAUGGUUCAAAUCAGGGAACUUAAUCUGUCCCAAAACGGGCGAGAAACUUACGAGUAUCGAGAUAGUUACAACAAAAAAUUAG